AGAAAAAAAGCGUCCUUGUUUCUGACCGGACGUAUUUUUGUAGUCACACAACCACCAAACAUGGACGCUGUUUCGCAGCGUGUUUUGCAGUAUUUGACAGAAGUUGAAGAAGCAGCGGAGGAUGUUCUCACCUCUAAACAACAGAUAGUUGACCUGGACUCAAAGAGAAACAGGAACAGAGAAGCACUCAAUGCCCUAAAAACUGAAAUACCUGAUUCGGAAAAAGUGAAGGUUUGCUUUGGAAACAUGUUCAUCAAAUUUCCCAAAUCAAAGACAAAAGAGAUGAUUGAGAAAGACCAGGAGCAGCUCGAAAAGGAGAUAAAUGAUGUGCGCAAAGGACUGAAAGCAAAGGUCAAUCGUCUCAAUGAGAUGCAAGGGAACCCCGAGCUGAGAGGCUACAACCUUUGUCCUCUGUCCACUGAUGAACUCAAAGCUUUGAACAGCAUUUUAAAGAUAUGACAUUGGAGCUGCGAACCAUUUCAUCGUGCUGAGGACAUAAGGCCAGGGAACAUGAUGACACGUUGCCUAAGAAUGUCACAGGAAAUCCAUUAUAUUCUCAAGUGAAGAAGCCACAAAAGAAGAAAGUUUAAGGCUUGAGCUGCAUUUCUGUGACAUUUCUCUGUCAUCAUGUGUCAUUUCCCAUGACGAAGUUGUAAAUGGAUGAAAUAACCAGAAAGAAAACAAUCCUGAUCAAUGAACUGCAACACUCCCGUAUAUAAUAAAUGAGUGGUUACAGCAUGGUUGUCCAACUGCCUGCUGUAUAACCAUAUCUAAUGAGAGGCAGUGGUGGAGUGUGAACACACCUGUUUGUAAUCACAAUACAGUAGUGAUGCUACUUUACUCCUGCUGUAGUACAGUAGCUGGUGCUGCAGCUGUUUCACUGCAGACUCUGUGUCCUCCCCUCGAUUGUGAGCAUCACGACUGUCUUACUCAGUCCAGUGACGGCCCACACAUCCAGCUUUAUUAAGCACCAGGUGCUGGACAGAGGAGACGAGAGCCAGGAAACGAGUGUCCGCACACCUGGUGUGGGUAAUUAAAAUGUUUGAUAGCCUCA